GUAGUUUACUUGUAUAUAUAAGAAUUAUUUCCAAAUUAUUUCCAGAUUUCAGAAUUUGGUUCAUAAAUCAUAGCCAUACACAUUCCACGGUUCUCACAUCCCAGUAACGCACAGAACAUGACUCGAAUUUAUUUUCAUGUUUUAUUUAUGGUCUGCGUUGUAAUCAGAGAAAGUGUUGUCCAUUCCGCUCCCUUACCUACGGGAGCAGCAUCAACCCAAUCAUUCCUGCAAAAGUACGGCUAUUUGCAUAAAGGUCAUCCAGAAAUGGGACGUUUGGUGCAUCGGUCACACGUUGAGACAGCAAUUCGGAAGUAUCAGGCGUUCAUGAAGCUGCCAGUGACCGGUGUAAUUGACGACGCCACUGCAAAAAUGAUGGCAACACCCCGUUGCGGUGUUCCCGACGUCUUUGCAGACGAACAGGUAGCGCGAGCAAAGCGAUACGCGUUUUCCCAGAGAGGAGGUCGCUGGCGCAAUCGUCAUCUUACAUGGACCGUAUCCAAAAUGACCAACCAGUUGUACCGGUUUCAAGUAGAAGCCGAAGUCGACAAGGCGCUGCAGGUGUGGUCGGAUCACACAAAUUUCGUAUUCACAAAAGCCAGCAGAGGAAGUAAAGGUGACAUCGAUAUCCGAUUCGAAGAAGGCAAUCACCACGACGACAAUCCCUUUGACUCAAUUACUCUGGCGCACGCUUUUUUUCCACAUGCAGACAAGCGAGGACAAGUGCACUUCAAUGACGAUACCAGCUGGAAAACGGCAUAUGGAGUUGCAAUUGUACUAAAACGUGAACGGAAACUGCUACGCCUAGACACUCAUUUUCGGUACGUUGCUGCCCAUGAAUUCGGUCACACGCUUGGGUUGGAUCAUUCCGAUUAUGAAAACUCCCUCAUGUUUCCCCACUAUCCUGGUUACCGGGCUGAGUUCGAGUAUCUGACCUUACAUGAGGAUGAUAUUGCCGGAAUUCAAGCUCUUUACAGAGACCCAUAUAAACCAGCCACAACGACACGUAACCCGUUCUACGGCAUAUUUGACAAAGACUUCAGUCUCCCGUUUGACUUUGAUGAAGACGACACUGUUCUCGACGACGGCUCGGAUGGGGUAUUUACUAACAGUUUUUACGGCUUGGACGAUAGACCGUUCGACUUGAAGACCGACAAUGGAACACAUUCGAAAAGUCGUCCCAUUAAACGGAAGCCGGUCAUCGCGAAACAGUCACGAUCCGAUUGCGAUCGGCCGUCAGCCAGCGCCUUCCUUUUAAUUAUUGGGUUUCUGCUGGUUUGCACUCAAUGAAUUGCCUGCUUUUUUGAACUAUGAUUACGCCGAACGCGAUCACCCGCACUUCGAUAUUUUCAGACUUCCCAUUUCGAACCUGCCCUCAUUCUUCCAUCAAUACAUUAUUUGCUGACGCGCUGCUGUACAGAAUUAUAAAUUUUGUAUUUUGAUGAAUAAUUUACGAUGUUUAUUACUUCGACGACAUGGGCGAUACCGUUCCGUGACAUCUGCAGAGUGCAGAGACACGCUGAAAACCAUGACUCAACGGCAGUACUGUGCUUGUAUUGUACAUAAUACAGCUUUAAAUAUCAUUGGUGUAAUAGGUACGAUUUAGAUACUCAGUUGCGAUUUAGUACUUACGAGUUCCCCUGACUGGCUAUUCA